UGUCUUUCUUUUCUUCCCUCGUCUGCACAAGUGGAGGAAUGGAAAACAGCCACGUCUAUUUAUGAGUUCACUGCCACAGAUAUUGAUGGCAACAAAGUGUCUCUGGAAAAAUACAAAGGUCAGGUGGUUAUCAUCACCAAUGUUGCCACCAAAUGAGGCAAAGCCCCAGUAAACUACUCUCAGUUUGCACAGAUGCACGCCAAGUAUGCUGAGAGAGGUUUAUCCAUCCUAGCUUUCCCAUGCAACCAGUUUGCCAACCAGGAACCUGGUACAAAUGAACAGAUCAAACAAUAUGUCGAAUCCUUCAGUGUGCAAUUUGACUUAUUCAGCAAGAUCAAUGUAAACGGACCAGAAGCUCAUAGCCUGUGGAAGUGGUUAAAGGAGCAACCGAAUGGUGAAGGAUUUCUAGGAAAUGGAAUCAAAUGGAAUUUCACCAAGUUCCUCAUUAACCGACAAGGCCAGGUUGUGAAGAGAUACUCGCCACUGAAGGAUCCAUUUGCAAUAGAAAGAGAUAUCCUGAAAUAUCUGUAGACCCUGCAUUUAAUUUCCUCUUAACCACCUAUUUCCAUUCCCUUUCCCAAUCCUCUCCUGUGACUUUCCCAAUCCUCAAAGUCAUUGAAAAGGUUGUUUUCAAUCAGCUGAACAAAUUCUUAAACUCAAAUGGCUAUCUGGACAAUUUUCAAUCUGGUUUCCGCCAACAUCACAGCACAGAGACAGUGCUCAUAAAGAUAAUAAAUGAUAUUCGCUUAAA